AAGAAUGGAUGAUGAUGUUGAUGAUGGUGGUGAUGAUACAUGAUGAUAUGCCAUACAUUCUGUUCAUCCUCGCAAGUCGCAUCCGCCCAAGCAAAAGCUCUCUCUCUCUCUCUAUCGCUCUCUCCGAGCACUCUUCUCCUCCACUCUUUCCCAGUUUGUUCAAACCUUCCACGUCUAGGGUUUCCUUUUACUUCAUUAAACCCUUACCAUCUAAAGCCCUCAAUCAAAUCGACAAAACCCUAAGUUAAACUCUUUACUUUAUACAACAAUCUCGCCUCAUUUGGCUCACAUUUUCCCUAAAAUCAGCUUAUUGGUCUCUGUCUCUGUCUCCCUUUCUGAAAUCGCAAAACUUCGAGCUGCACAACAUUCAUGGCCAAGACCAAACCUGGAAAAAAGGACCUGGACUCUUACACCAUCAAGGGCACCACCAAAGUCGUUCGAACUGGUGAUUGUGUGUUAAUGCGACCAUCGGACUCCGAUAAGCCUCCAUAUGUGGCACGCGUGGAGAAGAUCGAAGCGGACCACCGCAACAACGUGAAGGUUCGGGUUCGAUGGUAUUAUCGACCUGAGGAGUCCAUCGGAGGGCGAAGACAGUUCCAUGGAGCCAAGGAGCUGUUUCUAUCAGACCACUAUGAUGUGCAGAGUGCACACACUAUAGAAGGGAAGUGUACGGUGCACUCCUUCAAGAACUACACUAAGCUUGAGAAUGUGGGAGCCGAGGAUUACUUCUGUAGGUUUGAGUACAAGGCUUCCACUGGAGGGUUCACACCAGACCGCGUGGCUGUGUAUUGUAAAUGUGAGAUGCCAUACAAUCCGGAUGACCUUAUGGUGCAGUGUGAGGGAUGCAAGGACUGGUUUCAUCCCUCUUGUAUGGGUAUGACCAUUGAAGAUGCAAAAAAGUUGGAGCACUUCUUGUGUUCUGACUGCUCAUCUGAUGAUGAUGCCAAAAGAUCUUUGAAUACAUUUCCAGUAUCACCAUCUGUUGAGGCUAAGGUGGAGCCAAAGCGCAGGAAGAGGUGACCUAUUGAUUGGGAUGCUUAGCGAGGAGGUAUCCAACUUCUUUGGCAUUAGCUCCAGUGUUGUGUGUUGUGGAAAUGUACAGUGCAGAGAAGAUACUGUGCUUGCACAAUCCAAAGGCUUUUUUUAGUUUUAUCAAUGUUUGUAUGUGUGCUAGACGUAGGCAAUGACUUUGAGAUCUGUGUUGUCCUUGCAAGACAUUAAAAUCAUAUUUAAGCACAGAACACAUGAGAACACACCAAACCAAAGAUGUAGGAGGAACCUCGGAUUUGUUGUGAUGUGUUUAUUGCUGGCAUUACUUAGUAUGCAUGCAAUGGCAACUGAUUUAGUUUUUUUUAGCCCUUUUUCCCCCUUGUUUCAUUGUCUUUCUGUUUUUGGGGAUGAGAAAAAGUAGGGGAAGCAGGGGUUCUUUGGCAGCUCUUGAUAGAGCUGCAUCUGUGGAUCAAGAUCCAGAGAUGCAGCUUUGGAAUAGAGUUCUGUGUGUGCAACACAAGGCAUGGCGGGUGCAGUUUCAGGAGUAACUAGAACACCCAUUUGGCUUAACCGAUGGGUUUGCUCCUGUCUGUGUCUUUGUAAACACAUCAUUUGCCACUGGAUGAUCUUACGGGCUGGUGGAACUGUGUUCUAUUCUAUCAGCCUGCUUGAGGUCCAGCCAAUUUUCAUGCCAUUUUCCCCCAAGAUCUACUACCAACACAGACCUGUGAAUGUGCAACCGUACCACCUGUCGGAAGAUCAUCUUGAAUUGUCAUUAUCAUAUCAGCAGGUUUUGUCGAC